UUUUUUUUUCCCCACUGACACACGGCAACUUUCGAACAGGAAACUCAUUAGACGCUUCGCCUGUCGUUUUCUCUGUAUUUGCGGGAACUUGAUUGACAGGUGUGGGCCCCCCUGGUUUUCGGUAUGGACGCUGAAGAUGCUCACUUUGGGCAGGGUGCGUUUGGUGCUCACUGCUCUAACCCAGCUAUGAGCAUCAUCGGGGCCGAGGAUGAAGAUUUUGAGAAUGAUCUGAAUGAUGUGAUGGAUGACCAGUCCCCGCACUUCAACAGCAUAGAGGUGUUGAAGGAGCGGCCGACCCACCUGCUGGUCUUCAUGCAACAUGUCAUUCUGCAGUUUGACCCUGCUCCCUUGCUGUGUUACCUCCAUGCUGACCUCUUCAGGAGCCUCAGUGCCAAAGAGACCAAGAAACAGUUUGUGGAGUUCUACAAUACCUUUUUGGACAAGGGUGCAAUUCUCAGAGUGACAAUACCACCUUCAAUAUCAUAUGAAUUGGACCGGACCCGUCCAGAUCUGUUCUCAGAAGAGACCCAAAGGCGUUUUGCUCAGGAGGUUCAGAACCUGCAGACUGUUGAAGUGGCAAAACAGUUGGAGGAUUUCAGGCAGAAGAGAAGGAUGGGUAUGACGCCCAAUGAAGCUGAACUAAUUGAUGUGGAGAGUCACUAUCCCACCGACCGCGUCCCAAUGGAAAUGAAGGAAAAGUCUGUGGCUGAGAACCUGCUGGAGAAGAUGUCUGAGACACAACCUACGAUUGUCUCGGACGAUGAAAAAUGCCAAUCCAUCUUUACUGCAGUGGCCUUCUACAUGAAGCACCUUGGAGUUAAAACCAGGGCAGUUGACAGUAAGAAGUCUAGAGGAGGCUUCUUCAGGAGUAAACUGGUAAAGAAUAAGAAGGAUGAAUCUACAAAGCCCAAGCCCAGAGGGGUGUUUCCUGGCAUCCCAAGCUGGAUUGGAGGCAACACUGAGGUCAAACCUGAAACGGAGGCUAAAGCGGAAAAGGAGAAAGUGGCUCUGGAUCGUAAAGGCCCUGCUCCUGGCAGAGGCUCCUUGACCGACCCUGCAGUCCCUGCCCUCCCUAGCAGAAAGGCUGGUUCCAGUGGAAGCCCUGCCUCACUGCCUGGACUAGAGAUUAGUGAUGGCUCGGGCAACAACAUCAGCACUACCAAUAGCCCAGAGUCUUUACACACUGAUGGUCUUUCAAGCAAUCGUUUAGAGCCCCCAGUACUGUCAGACGGGGGUGAUGUUUCCCCCGUCGGGAUUUCAGGUGGGCUAACCAUUGGGGAGCCCAGCUCACCUUGUGACACACCCACAGACGAGACUGUGGAGAAAGACAGACGGAAGACAAGUAGGAAAGUGGGGCGCAGCGAGAGUGCACGUGUGGACCGGCACUCGUAUCGGCGCCGUGGCUCUUCUCGGGCUAAACAGUCUCGCUCCCGUAGUGAUGUGGACCUUCAGCCACCUUCUACCACGACAACACCAACUGCCCUGCUCACCCCCCAGCAACUCCAUCCUGUUGAUGGAACAGUUUUAGUUCCUGAAGGACCUGGCCACUCCCCCACCUGUCCCUCACCACAGCUGGAGGAGAUGGAGCCACGUCUCUUGGAGUUUGAGCAGGACCCGCCCAACUGGAGAGAGCUGGCCUCUCCUGAAGCCUUGUCCAGCCUCAGCAAAAAGGAGACUAAAAGGCAGGAAGUUAUUAAUGAGCUGAUUGCUACAGAGCAUGCCCAUGUGAGAAUGCUAAGUGUCCUUCAGAUGGUCUUCUCCAAACCAUUGGAGAGACAAGAACUCCUGGCCGCUACUGAGCUGGCUGCCAUCUUCCCCAGCCUCGAUGAGAUCAUUGAAAUGCACUAUAACUUCUACGAGAACCUGAAAAAGCUGCGGCUGGAUGACAACUUCAUAGUUAAAUCCAUCAGCACCACAGUGCUCAACAGAUUCGGUGGUACAGAGGGUGAGUGGUUUCAGAAGCUGACAGCCCGGUUCUGCAGUCACCAGUCAUGGGCCCUGGAUCAGAUUAAGGGCAGACAAAGGAAAGACCCACGCUUCAAUUCCUUUAUACAGGAGGCAGAGAGUAAGCCCCAGUGCCGCAGGCUGCAGCUCAAGGACAUUAUUCCUAUAGAGAUGCAGAGACUGACCAAGUAUCCAUUGCUGCUGGAGAAUAUUGCAAAGAACACAGAGAACCCAACAGAGAAGGAGAGCAUCCAGCAGAGUGCAGAGUGCUGCAGAAAAAUCCUCAACCAUGUCAAUGAGGAGGUCAAAGUAAUGGAGAACCUGUUGACUGUGAAGGACUACCAGCGUAGAUUGGACACAUCAGGUCUUAAACCCAGUAACGAACUUUAUACAGAAUACAAGAACAUUGACUUGACUCAGAAGAAGAUGCUUUAUGAAGGCCCACUGACCUGGAAAGUCACCAAAGAGAAGGCUAUUGAGGUGCAGUGUGUGUUGCUUGGUGACCUGCUAGUGCUCCUACAGAGGCAAGAUGACAAGAUGGUUCUCAAAUGCCAGAGCAAAAGUACCAUCGCUGUGCAGGAGGGCAAGCAGAUGCUGAGCCCCAUUAUUAAGCUGGACUCAGUUUUCCUCCGUGAGGUGGCCACAGAUCGAAAGGCUUUCUACGUGAUAUUUACCUGGGACAGUGGUGCUCAAAUCUAUGAACUCGUGGCUCAGUCUGUUGGAGAAAUGAAAACUUGGACUGAGGUGAUAAAGUUAGCAGUAGAUGAUCUGAAAAAGAGUGGUGCACCUAUGAGGCUGCCACUGCCUCCAGGAGGUGGAGGAGCUCCCUUCAGUCCCUCUACGCUAAAUGCCCCUGUGAGCCUGACUGAGAAUGGAAGUUUGAAAAGCGGCGCUGAUCGAGACAAGUACGGUUUGAAGUCGACGGAUCCCCGGCACAGGCUAAUCGAUUUCCUGUCAGAUAAAGGCUUUGACUUGAUAGGCCACUCCAACAGCAUUCAGGAGAAGGUGGCCAGUCGUGCUUUGGAUGACGUCAUGUCACUGAAAAGACUGUUAAUAGGCAGCAUCAGUCUAUCAGACGACUCAAAACCUGAUGAAGAAAAUGAAGAGGAACAAUCAGAGAGGCCCGAUCAAGAAAGGGAUUGCUGUCAGUCAACAGAAGAAAAUCCGACCAGAGACGGAGGGGCUGAAGUGGUAAAUGUCAACACAUGUAAAAAAGAAGGUGAAGAGACGAAAGGAGAUGAAGAAAGGAGCAUCAGUGCUCCCCUGGUUUUAUCCCAGGAGAGGCUGGAGGAAGUGUACAGGAGGCUGCAGAGCCUGGAGGAACAGCUAGAGAGACUACAGAAUGUAGAAGAGGAGCACCACAGGCUGCAGGAGGCUCUUUCUGAGUUCUCACUGGAACGGGGUAAUUUCCAGUGAGACACCAUCACUCCCCCUGCUGGCCACUAGGUUUUUCCUGGUCUUGGUUUGGACUGAGUGACUGUCAGAGGCUUUCCUGGAAAUUCCUAAACUGUCAUCCGUCUUGCCUGGACCGUUACUGCAUUAUUUGUUUGUAUCGAGGCUGUUUGCAGCCAAGAAGGAAGUUUUCUGCCUGUCUGAGAGAAGGGAGGGUAUUCAGCACCGUGGAGUGGUUCAGUGAUGGAAAAUGGGAGGUGUGCACACAUGUAUGUGUGAGUGUUUCUUUGCGUGCAUGCUUGAUAGUUAUACAAAGAAGAAGAAAAAAAAAUGAGACAUCCUGUUUUUUUUUUUUUAAUGAGAGGCUGUUUUUGCUGAGAAGUGCCACAAGAAAUGAAGCAAUAUUUUUGCUGUGAGAGAGAUGCUGCCUAACAAAAUGUAGUGAUUUCAAUUUGCCGUAACACACAUACGCACACCAGAGACAUGCAGGCUGGGAAAUAAUUUAUAUCAAUGCCAAGAACAGAUGUAAAAUAUAGGAGAAAGCCUUAAACGGCCAAUGUAGCAUAAGAUAAUGUAUUGAAAUACUACUGCUGAUAUAUCAUGUUAUUUCUAGUCUAUGCCAAAGUACAACAGAGAUGCACUUUUUUCUGAUCAAAACAAGUUGACCACACACUGUUUGCAUUUUUUUAAAUUUUUACUCUCUUCAGUAUAGUUCUUGAACAAUUGGGCUUCAUAUAGACAGCCCUCAUUAUUGAAAAGAUGCAUGCAAGACAGUGUGUGUAUGUGUGUUACAAAGUUUUUAAUUAAGGACAUGUAUGUUUGGAGGGUUCUUACUGUAAUUAGGUCACAUAAAACAUUUAUAAGUAGUCAAACUAUAGGUAGUCACAUUGUUAAUAAUUAAAACUUGUUUGUAUGUACCGCUUUUAUUUAUUCCUCUGAGUCUUGUCAGGUCAGUGAGUUGCCUCAUCCGAGUAAAGCUGUUACAACACUGGACCAAAACGAAAGAGCAAUGUAUGAGAGUCGGACAAGACAAAAGAAAGCAAACCUGGAAUGUGUAAAAUAGAUGAAGGCGGAGAGUGAAAAAGAGACAUGUAGGUAUGGGAAGUUGCUUUUGUUUAGAUAGCUUGAGCUUGGAAAUCUCAUGAAAAUCAUGAGGAGAUCUGUAGAAAACAGGACAUUAGGAUUUGUAGUCUCUGUACUCAAGCAGACAUAUACACACACACACACACACACACACAUAUCUACAAACACACACAGCUUAGAACAGAUGGGCUCACAAAUGCCAGCAUCAUUUCUGCAGCUUCCCCUUGGCAUGGUUCAUAGCUCCUGAUCCAAAACACAGACUUGAGAUGAGGUAAUAAAUUGUAUUAUAUGACAUUGGACACAUAUGUGUAUUAGUAAAAAAAAAAAAAAAAAAAUCUAUUAUUCCCUGUUAGCAAUAUUUGUAUCAAAAUUGAGUUGUGUUUGCAUUUUAUUGAGCAGUUGAUUGUAAUUAUCGGUAUUGUGAUACAACUUCAGAGUAGUAGCAUAACUCUGGCUGUGCACACAGGACCAAAGACGAAGUAAAGCACCAUUAGAUCCUCAUUCAAGCUGAUUUUUUUAUUAUUAUUUUUUUAAUGACAUGCUUCAUGUUUAUAGUAUCAUGUCACAAAAUGCUGAUGCAGGAGUGGUGGCUCAGUAGUGCAGCUGACAGUCAGCAGCUGCUUUUCCUCUCCCCAAACUUGUUGCAGCUUAAAGUGUUUUUAGGAGCACAUACAUGAAUGAAACAGUUGUUGUCGAUACAAUACAGAGUUAGUUUUUUUUUUCUUUCUGAGAAUGUAAAUUAAAUACCAAGAUAAGGAAUGGUGCACUGAUCAAGUCAUAUGACCAAAUCCAGACAGAAUCUGUAGAUUUCUCGCCUGCAUUUCAGUGACGCUCAACAGCAAACCAAUGAAUGAGAGCGUUGUCUUCGAAUCUGUUUGGGUCACUGACUAAAAGCUGGUGUGACUCCCGCAAGCUGUACUGUACUGUACUGUACUGCACAGCACAGAGGACUGGAGACCAAACACUGCUAACAUUUCUGGUACCUAGCUGAACAAAUGGGACCUGAUUCUUCUGUAGAAAACAGGGUGUGGCAACAAGAAAAUGAAGCCAGAAAAGGAUACAGAGCAUCUGUCAAAAGUUUAGAGGAAAGAAAGCUGCUGCCUCGUUCCAAUAAUGUUGCUAUUGCCAACACUCUAAUCAUGAUCACUUCCUGAUAUGCAUUCUCAUUGUUGUUGCCACAACAACAAAUGCUGCCUUUAAACCUACUGAACCUCAGUAGGUUAACUCAGUCUAGCUAAUGGAGUGUCACAGUUUGCAAAAUUAUAGAAGCUUGUGUUUGAACAUUACUGCCAUCUCUCCCCGUGUCUUUAUCUUUAAAACUGCAUGAAUUACAUGAAUGUUAGCUUGAAGGAAAAAAAAACGAUAAAAGUAUGAAUCCCCGACCCCACAUUUUUAUUAAGCUUGUUAGCUAACAACUCACUUCACGUGAUAGCAUAAUCAUCUUUUCCUACUGUACUUUUUUUUUGUUUCACAUCACAUGUUGUGUAUUUAAUUUGCUUCACUUAAACAGUCUGGGAAGGUUUUCAUUAGUUUUUCCCAUUAUUUUUCAAAGAAACUUAUGUCAUUAUGUACUAUGCAUUUGCUGUAUUGGUGAGAGACAGGACUUGUCUGUAACUUGUCUGUGCAUGAAUUGGUCUAACAAUUAUGCAAAUAUUGUAACCAUGACCGAUUCCUGUAAUGUCAACGUGGCCUGUGCUGUGGCUAUUAAGCUUACCUAUGGGAUACGUUUAAUGAGAUUAUCUCAACCAGGGGUUUUUAGCUGUGUAACAGUGGUGGUCAGCAGGUGAAAUCCAGUUACCGCCAGCGUACAGUGAUGCAUUCAGGCUUCACUGGCUGAAUGACUACUACAGGCACUUCUCCAUCUCUUUCCUUCAGCUACUUUUCCUCAUGUAUUCUAUUUACUAAAUGUAUAGAAAAUGUAUUUAUAGAGUGGUGCCUUGUUCUGAUGAUCAAGUUGUUUUCUUCAUAAAGGGCUCUUAAGUUAAACACAAUCACUGUUGUUUCGUUUGGUGGACUGUUUUUCACUGGGGAGACAUACUGACCAAAUGUCUAAUGAGCAAUGAGAGAUUAUCCCAGGAUUCUGAUCAGGUGUUUUCACAGUUGAGGACUGUGGUUGUAUGUUGACUUAAUUUGGUGUGAAUACUCAAUCUUUUUUCCUUUUUUUUUUUGUCCCUUUCCAUUACAUCAGCAAGAUUUGUGCCCUCUACCGACUCUGCCAGCCAGUCCAUUGCAUAGAAAAGCUCCUUGUCAUACUGGCAUUUGCCUUUUUGUCUAUCUAUAAACAGUGAAUAUGCAAGAACUAUACUGUGUAUUUGAGUUUUAAUUUUUAUUCUGUGAGAGGUUCUUUAAUGAUGUAUACCUAAGGAAAAUUUUGGUACGUUCUGUUUUUUAAGUCUUCUUUCUUUUUUUUUCUCCUUUUUUUAAAAAAAAAAAAAUAAACUGGGGAAAUAACUA